UCUCCAUCCCCCCAAUCUCGGUUCCGUCGCGUCUGGUGUCCACGCGCCCCUGCGCCACAGUAGGACUGACGGAGGUACCCAGGCAGCAUCCCAGUACAGUUCGACGUUGUCCUGUUCGGUUGUCGUUCGCCUCCUUCUUUCCUUUUCUCCCCUUCUUGAUUAAUUAAAGUGCUACAGCAGUUCUUUCUCAACCCAUUUCCAUAUUCACCAAACCCACCGCGGAAAAUACUUCACUCACUCUCUCCUCUCCUCCUUUCUCAAUUAACACCCUCGCCAAAACCCCUGCAAUCGGUUCUUAGGGCCGAGAAUCGGACCCGCAAUCGCCUCUGCCUGGGACCCAUUUGAGGGGUUGCCGCUUUGACCUCCAUGGGAAGCCUAAGUGACAACAACUCGGAUGACGACAUUAGCGAGUCAGAAAUGGAUGAGUUCGAAGACAAAUCCUACGAGGAGCUGAAGAGCGGGUCCCAGCAGGUGAAGACCUCGGAAGAGACUUUCACCUGCCCCUAUUGCCCAAAGAAGAGAAAGCGGGACUACCUCUACAAGGAGCUCCUCCAGCAUGCUUCGGGAGUGGGCAAGAGCACUUCUGAUAAGAGGAGCGCCAAGGAGAAGGCGAGUCACCUCGCUCUGAUGAAGUACCUUGAGAAGGAUCUGGCAAGCGUGGGCGGGUCCUCGAAGCCUGCGGAGGAGAAUAAGUCCCCCGCUGGGGCAAGCCACUAUGAUAAGUUCGUGUGGCCGUGGAUGGGAAUUGUUGUGAACAUCCCGACUAGGAGGGCGGAGGAUGGCAGAUGUGUUGGUGAAAGCGGGUCCAAGCUUAGGGAUGACCUGAUCCGAAGAGGGUUUAAUCCCAGAAGGGUGAUCCCUCUGUGGAAUUAUAAUGGCCACUCAGGGUAUGCAGUGGUGGAAUUCAAUAAAGGGUGGCCAGGUCUUCACAAUGCAAUGUCCUUUGAGCGAGCUUAUGAGGCAGAGGGGUAUGGGAGAAAGCAUUGGCUCGCCGAGUACGAAAAACCGAAGACUGGGCUUUAUGCUUGGGUUGCUCGGGCUGAUGAUUAUAACUUGAGCAAUAUUGUUGGGGAGCACCUGAGGAAGGUUGGGGACCUGAAGACAAUCCCGGAGAUGAUGGAGGAGGAGGCCAGGAAGCAGGACAAGCUCGUGUCCAAUCUAAAUAACAUUAUCGAGGAGAAGCAUAAGCACUUGCAAGAGAUUGAGGAGAUGUGCAAUGAAAAGAUGAAGGAUCUCAAUGAUGCAGUCUCACAGAAGGAUAAGCUCCUUCAAGAAUAUAAUGAAGAGUGGAAGAAAAUACAAUCAAGUGCUCAUGAUCACUUCCAGCGGAUCUUUAACGAUCAUGAGAAGCUCAAAUCACAACUCGAAUCUCACAAAAUGGAGCUAGAAUUGCGAGGGGAAGAAUUGGAGAAGAGGGAGGCGAGGAAUGAGACCGAAAGGAAAAAACUAUCUGAAGAGAUUGCAGAAAAUACACAGAGGAAUAGUUCGCUACAGUUGGCUGCUUUGGAGCAGCAGAGGAUCGAUGAGAAGGUGUUAAAGCUGGCAGAAGAUCAGAAGAGGGAAAAAGAAAAGCUGCUCAAUCAGAUUAUUAAACUCGAGAAACAGCUUGAUGCGAAGCAGGCGCUGGAAUUGGAAAUAGAACAACUGAGAGGGUCGCUAAAGGUUAUGAAGCACAUGGAAGAUGAAGACGACAAAGAAGUGAUUAUUAAAAUAGAUGGUUUGCUUAAGGACUUAAGAGAGAAGGAAGGACAGCUCGAUGAUUUGGAGGAAAUGAACCAAACACUUGUAAUUAAGGAGCGCAUGAGCAAUGAGGAACUCCAAGACGCUCGCAAAGAACUGGUCAAUGGAUUGAAAGAAUUGCCAGGUCGCUUCCAGAUUGGGGUCAAGAGGAUGGGAGAGCUUGAUUCAGAGCCAUUCCUAGAGGCAAUGAAGGUUAGGUAUAACGCGGAUGAAGCAGAGGAGAGAGCUUCAGAGCUCUGUUCAUUGUGGGAGGAGUACUUGAGAGAUCCCGAUUGGCAUCCCUUCAGAAUCAUCCAUGUCGAUGGGGAGACUAAGGAAAUAAUAGAUACUGAAGAUGAGAAAUUGAGAGAUCUCAGGGAGGAACUUGGCGAGGGAGCAUACAAUGCAGUCGUCACAGCAUUGAGGGAGGUAAACGAAUACAACCCAAGUGGGAGAUACAUAACCUCUGAACUUUGGAAUUAUGGAGAAAGAAGGAAGGCUUCUCUCAAAGAAGGGGUUGAAGUUCUCUUGGAGAUUUGGAACACCCACAAGCGCAGGAGGACAGCAUGAAGGUCAGUGCAAUGAAAGCUUCAUCAAAGGGCUGAAACAGAGCAAUCGGUUGUGGAUUUCUAUGAUUCUCCCGCUGGAUCUCCAACGUAAUCUACUGUCUACUUGUGGUAUCUAUUCCGACCCUGUUAGUGACUCGGAACUCAUAAAUGUAGCAAUAUCAUCCAUCUCCAAUUCAUGAACUGUUAGCUUGCUAACCUCCUGGCAUUAAGACUGCUUUGGCAGCUGUGUAUUACCCCUGUAGGCUCUGCCAUAAGGCCAUAACUGUCAUGUUUAAUCUGCAAUGCAGAGGCCCUUCUUCGAGUUUGCAAU